UGUUUCUUUUCAUGUUUCAUCAUUAAAACAUUAUAAAUACGUCUCUAUAUAUGAUCACCACACAGUUUCAUCACACUUAAGUAGCCGGAAAAUCAAGACUCUGAUCACCGGAGCUGCUCUCUUGUUAUGAUCCAUGGCGAAAGGUGGCCGGAAACUUACAAUCAGCCGGAGCGACCGCUUCUUAGGAAGCUAUCACUACGCCACCGGCAACACCCACGUGGAGGACGAUGGUGUAGAGCUCGGAGAAGAUGACGUUUGGUCUAUGGUUGACGACAUGGUCAACGAUCAUGAUCAUCAUCCAAUCAGUAACGAUUGGAGCUCACGCGCCCCUGUCGCGAGUACUCGUAGCCAUCGUGGAUCAGCCGGCGGGCUGGCAGUGGCGUUUGAUGAUCAGCCAAUGAAGAGGAUCGUUCACAAGUCCCGAGUUGACAGUGACAGCUUGGCAUCUCCACGUGGACGUCAUGUUGCCACCUCGGCACCGGUGAACGUGCCAGACUGGUCAAAGAUUUACCGAGUCAACUCGGUUGAGUCGAUGCAUGACUCGGAUGAGGAUCACGAGUUGGACAUGGUCCCACCACAUGAGUACUUAGCACGUACCCAUAAAUCCUCGGUUUUCGAGGGCGUUGGUCGGACCCUUAAGGGUCGAGACAUGAGUCGUGUUCGUGAUGCCGUUUGGAGCCAAACCGGAUUUGACGGUUAGCCCGAAUAUAUAAAAAUUGAAAAUUUUAUAUAUUUUAAUUAUUUAAACUCGAAGAUAAUUUAAGUUAAGAUGACAAUCUCAAGACUCCAAAGUUUCUCCAUCGGUUUAAGCUUAUAAUUGACGAGUUGAUUUUGUAGUGAUUUAUUUUAAAUUUUGUUUUGAUAAAUAAUAUCUUGGAAAUUUUCAUUGAAA